GGACCGGACUGUAGGCAGCAGCCACAGGCCGGUAACGCUGCCUUGGGUGCCGGCUACGGAGCGAUGGCAGCGGCCCCAAGGAGGUUCCCUGCCCUGGCCCUGCUUGGGAGCUGCCCGUAGCUACCGCCGGGCCGGGCCGCGAUGAGGCUGCUCCUGCUGGCCUGUCUCCGAGCCCAGACGGGGAACGCUACCACCGCGGGCAGGAUACAGGAUCAUCUAGAAGCUGUGGGUCACAUAUGCAGUCUUAAGGAUGCUUUUGACUACGAGAACCCAUCUGAAAUAGCAAAUCUAAUCUCUGCAGAGAAGUUUGAAGCAGCUCUGGCUAUUCAUCUUUAUAAAGGAGGCAGACUUCUGCAAGGUAGUAGAAUUCCUUUUGGAAUCAUCUUCGGUGGCACGGAUAUAAAUGAAGACGUCAAACAUGAAGAAAAACACCGGGUGAUGGGGGCAGUGUUAGAAGAAGCCAGGUUUGCAGUGGCUUUCACAGAGAAAAUGAAGGAACUGGCAGCAGCAGAGUGGCCAGAUGCUAGAAGCAAAAUAUACAUCCAGACUCAAGGAAUUAUGACCACACCCAGUGCAACUUUUAACUGGAAGAGAUUUCUACAAAAUGCAGGGAUCCCUCAAGACACAGAAAAUUUACGCCUGUUUCUUUUGAUAUGUGGACUUAGAAGAGUCAAGGACCCUCUUUAUUUAGUGGAUGUAUUUUCAGAGUGGCACAGAAGAGAGCCCCAUAUCCACCUUGUUAUAAUUGGACCUGCAGUUGAUACACAGUUUACAAGUGAAGUCAAUGACAAAGUUAAUAGGACACCUGGGGUACAUUUGUUACAGGAGAUACCUCAAGAUGAUCUUCACGCUGCUGUGAAAAGAUGCUUUGCAGUGGUGAACAGCUCUAUUUCAGAGGGGAUGUCUGCUGCAAUCCUGGAGGCAAUGGAUUUAGAUGUUCCAGUGCUGGCGAGGAAUAUUCCUGGGAACACAGCAAUAAUACAACACAAAGAUACAGGACUAUUAUUUACAGAUCCCCAGGAGUUUGUCCAGCUCUCCAAAAGUCUGAUGAAUGACCCCACUUUGGAAAGAGAAAUUGUGACAAAGGCAAAAGCGUAUGUGAAGAAACACCAUUCAUGGGACGGUGAAAGAGAGGCCUAUCAAAAUCUUGUCCUGAGACUCCAGUGA